CUGGCGAAAUUAAUACGGGUCGGGUGGCCAGGCCAGGCCAAGUACCCGUCCCCGUCCGCGCCGCACCGGCCCACUCGCCAGACGGACUCCGCCACGAUGUACGGCCAGAUUUGGCGCCUCGUCCCCAACGCCUGCUCGCCGCUGCCGCCGAUCCGCGCCGGGGCGGGAAGGGGCGGCUGGCCGGCCGGUCGCCCCGCGCCACUCCGCAGGCCGGCGCUCGCCUCCGCGGCCACCCGAGGCCUAUGCCGCCCCCUCGCCGUCUCCGCCCAGUCGGCCAGCCUCGACGCCGGUUUGAGAGUGGAUAAGUUUUUCGAAGUUGAGAUGAAGGUGCGCGACUAUGAACUCGACCAGUAUGGAGUUGUCAAUAAUGCUAUCUAUGCUAGCUACUGCCAACAUGGCCGUCAUGAGCUACUUGAGAGCGUAGGAAUAAGCGCAGAUGCAGUAGCUCGCAGCGGUGAGUCGCUGGCCCUCUCUGAGCUGCACCUCAAGUACUUCGCGCCUUUGAGAAGUGGUGAUAAAUUCGUCGUCAAGGUGAGGCUUGCAAGCAUCAAAGGUAUAAGGAUGAUAUUCGAGCACUGCAUUGAGAAGCUGCCUAACCAUGAGUUGAUUGUGGAAGCAAAGGCAACGGCUGUUUGUCUCAACAAGGACUACCGCCCUACCCGUGUGUCUCCAGAGUUUCUGUCCAGGCUACAGCUCUUUUCAUCCGUGGACAACAGUGGUUAAGUGACGGUGAUCUCAGCAACAAUCUUCUCGGAUGAUUCUGAUAGCAGCCAUGUGAUGAAGAGCUACGUUCAGUUUCCUGCUGUAUCCAUGUAACUGCUAUUUGGAAUAGUGUUGAACUUGUAGACAUUUGUAACCCAAAAUUUGUCGAGUGGUACUGAAGUAAAUGUAUACAACCUCUAUAUUGUUUUGAAAUGUAUAAACACUCUAUAACCCA